CGAAGGAAAACAGAUCUCGCAGGAAAACCUCUCGGUUAGUCGCAAUAAAACCCUUUCUCGAUUUUCCUCACUUCUGGCCGCGGUUGCAGUGUGACGGCGCCCUCAAACGACAGAGGAGCAAGUGAUGUUGUGACGAAAUCUGUAGGACAUAGUGCAGCACUUGCCUUGUUGGUGAAGUAGCAAUGUCUCAUUGAUGAUAGCACAGCCCUCCAAAGUCCACACGCUACUGAGAGACGGGACUUACUGUGGCAAGUGAAUGGAAGUGUGAGUUUGUGAACGGCUGCUUAGCAAGAAUGGACAAAGGCCUCGUAGAUCAAUAAGAAAAGAGAAAAGUUUGUGCGUAGAGUGCCAGCCGCAAGCGUCAAGAUGGGGGGAGCUGUGAGUGCCGGCGUCGACAACGAUGAGCUGGUCGACAACCUUAAGGCAGCCAACUACAUUCGCACACCUCUCCUCGAGCGUGUCUUUAGGGCUGUCGACCGCGGGGACUAUUUCACUUCGGAGAACCGUGAGCUGGCGUAUCGGGACAACGCGUGGAAGAAGGGGAACUUACACCUCUCGGCUCCGUGUAUUUAUGCAAAGGUAAUGGAGGGCCUCCAGUUAGCGCCAGGGCAGUCCUUCCUCAACCUGGGAUCGGGCACUGGGUACCUCUCCACCAUGGCCGGUCUCAUUCUAGGUCCCUAUGGAAUCAACCACGGAGUUGAACUGCAUGCUGAUGUUGUUAGUUAUGGGCAAGAACGACUAGAACAUUUCAAGAAGAAUUCAGCAGCAAUAGAUGCAUUUACAUUUUGUGAUCCCCAGUUUGUGCAGGGUAAUUGUUUAUGCCUGCCCCCUGAUAUGCGCCUGUAUGAUCGAGUGUAUUGUGGAGCCUCUUGUCCAGAAAGUCAUGAAAACUAUAUGAAGGGACUUAUAAACGAAGGAGGCAUAUUAGUCAUGCCGCUGAACGACCAGCUGGUGAAGAUUACCCGUAAAGGACCAAGCUCGUGGGACGUGGAGUCCCUGCUGCCCGUGUCAUUUUCGUCACUGGUCAUGCCGGACUCCAGCCAUCCACCAUCCACAGUGAACCUCCCUACUGCAGAGCUCAUGGAUCUCCAGGAAAUCUGUCGUCAGGAACUUCGCUCCAUAUUACGAACCAAUAUCGAGAAAGAACAUCCAAAUUUGGUGACCGCUGCAAACAGACCAGUACAAAGACAGCAGAGGAAUCGUGAUCGCCGACAGAUAUGCCGCAUUGUUGUACCUUAUGCCCCUCCUGUGCCCUUUUACGAGUCGGACGAUGAUCCAAGGAUGAUGUCUGAUGAAGAGCCUGAAGACAGGGAUGAUAGGGAUACUCUGUAUGUUGCUCAGCGCCACACUGCGAAUCAAAUAUCUGCUGUGAUUGACUUAGCUCGUAGUCUUGCAGGACAGAGGAGGCUAGAGAGGGAAAGCGAGGAGAAUGAGGCCAGACAGAAUGAGGAUGAGGAGGAUGAGGAGGAAGAGGAAGAGGAGGAGGAGGAAAGGGAGGAAGAUGUGGAUGGCCUGAAUGAGGAAGAGCAAGUGGAAGAGGAAGAGGAGCAUGAGGUGGAUAGCGCUCCAAGCUCACCAGGUAAUGGGAAAAUGAGUAAGGAACGGAAAUUAUUUAGAGGCCUAACCAGGAAGUCCUUCUUAAAAGACAAAAGUCGCAAGGAAGCUGGAGUCGAGGAAGUGAAGGAAGAAGAAUUAGGAGGAGCAGAAAGUGCAGAGACACAAGAAGAUGUAUCAUCGUCAGUCCUAACAAUGCCCCAGUCUGAUCCGAUUCCAAUGACUUCUACACCAGUGAUGUCUGUAAAAUCCAAUAAAAAACGUGAGAAAUUUGACAGUGGGGUAGGUGAUGAAAUAGAAAACGGGAAGGGACCAAGUUCAGAAUCUGACGCAGGUGAAGAAGACAUAGACAUGGACAUUGAUUCUACGGAUUCUGAUUACUCUGACAACUCACCCCCAAGGACCAAAGUGACACGUCUGCUUGAUGCAGAUGACCCGUACCCGAGUGGAAAAGACUGCAGGGGACAGUGGAAGCACAGAAAGGAAGACGACGAAGCCAAGGAGGGACCAGAUGAAAACGAAGGCUCCGGUAGCCCUCCGUCCCCUGUCGAAUCUUAUUCAACCUUGAUGAGAGAGAAGAUAUCUCUGUUGCCACUUCCUCAAGCCCUCAAGUUGUACCUGAAUUACCAUAGGGAAUUGUAAGCUUGAUCUGUGAACAGUUCCCUGCAGUAAGAUAACCAAGUCCUAUUACUCCUAGUACCUAUCUUCCAGAUGUAUUUACAUUAUCUAUAAUACACAAAUUUUGGAAGAAAGUAUAUAAACAGUGGAUGGACCUAGCAAGUGUCACAUUUAAAGGUAAUAAGCCAGUGCAAUUACAAAAUGCAGACCCCACAGAAGUGGGUUAACGUAACUGCAUGUUUACCGAUCUACUUUUGCUUUUUGUUAUUGUAUAGUAGAUAAAGCAUUAAUCUGUGUAAUGACUUGAGUGUCUGAGGAAUGAUUUCUUGCAUGAUGCUUUAUCUGAUACAGAAGUGAGGAAAGGGACAGAUGCUACAAGCAUUUUCUUCGUCAUUAUUGGCAUCCAUUUGGCAAAACAAGAGGAAAGGAAAAGGAGCGAGACCACAAAGAAACCUGAAUAAUAUUAGUCAGUUUUAGGAGGUAAGCAGCUGUGAAGCAUAAAGGGAAAAGGAAGGUUUGAAUUCCGUCGUCAAAAAACAAACAAAAAACUAUUUUUAUACAGCAUAUAUAAACAGUGUCUGCAGUGACUCCCCCUAAAGAAAAAAACAAGUAAAAAAACAAAAAAACAAAACAAAACAAAACAAAAAAUAAAAAAAAAGGCUAUCAGGAAGCACCUUGUAAUGAAUCAAACAAGUGUAAGAUGUUAUUUGUUUAUUGUUUUCAAUGCCAAAAUAAAGAAAAAAUAAAAAAAAGUGUAGAAUGUUGUGUUAUAGAGUAAGAGUGUCACAAUAACAGGAGAUUGCAAAGAUUUUUGUGUAUCAGAGUUAGAGAAGUGUUUACUCUUGAUUAUAAAUCCCAUGUGAUAGAUUUUUUUUUAUUGUAGUUUGGGAGUAUAUAUAACUGAUAGUGUGAGUUUAUUUUCCAUAAAUGCAUUGAUUGUGAAAAAGAAAUGACUUCUUUAAUUACUCAUCGGGAGGUUAUUUUUGGAUCAUGAAAUAGCUACUCUGGACAUUUUGUAUCUGACGAUUCCACUAUCUCAAUUAGAGGAACGAGUAUAAACUCCAGCACGAAAAGUAUUAACCAGUUUCAACAUAUCUCACAGUUACUGUGCUGAGAAGUGUUUUUGUUGAUCAUUAUGUCAGCCUAAGAGCAGAGUCUACAAUAGAAAAGAUUGCUCAGGCAUCUUUGGGCAUUGUGUUAAGACAAAUGUUAGUUAAAGGAGCUUGGAUAAAAGGGCUACUGACAUACCUCGGGUCAAGUGAAUGCUACAUUAACAGGCUUCUUUUAUGUAAUUGUCUGAGAAUCAGGAGAAUACAAACACAUUAGUAUGUACUUUAUAAUCACAUGUUUUUCAUUGCAUAUUCAGUACUCUUGAUUGAUUAGGGUAUUUCGAGUUGGAUGUUAUGUUGCCUCCAGUAAGCCAGCCAAUUUGCAACCCUAUAUAUUAUAUAUAUAUACUUAUUAAUAAGGAAAAUAAAAUAGGUAAAUAAAAGUAAAAAUAAAAAAAAGAAUAUAUAUAUAUAUAACAAUACUAAAUAACGGUAUAUUUAAAUAUGUUUGGUAAGCUCUCUUAUAGCCACAUUGCAAAUUCUGUUGAUAUGUGGAUGUUUUUUUUCAAGACGUCUGAAGCUGCAACUAUUCAACCAAGCACAAUUAUGGGUAAAUUUCUAGUGUAGAUCCACAUCUUAAAAUGCAUUGAAUUUGGGGUCAGUGGAUUCCUAAUGUUGAGUGUGCAUUUAUAGUAGUGUUAGUUGGGGGUAGGCAACAAUAACAGAUAUUCGACUUGAUAGGUCUGGAGGGCACGAGGUACCCCAAGUGAGAACUAUGGGGGUAAAAUUGGCAAGAUUUUCGUAUGGGAAAGGUUUAUUUGUGGCAUUUGUGUUUGUCAUUGUUAGGGGGCUGUAGCUACUACCCAACCCCAACUCCCUGCUUGAAAUGUGAAAUCUUCUUCACAUCUGACUGGCAAGGUGAGCCUGGAGGGUCUGACUGAUGUGCCGAUGUUAGUGAUGUCUCAAUUCAGACGAGGCAGUGGCUUGGCAAGCUUAAUGUCAGUCACUGCUUGAUUAGCCCUGGAUUGUUAUCAAAUUCAAUGGGGUUUGAGAUAAGGACCUUUUCUAGAAAGUUAUCCAGUUAUGUACUUGACAUCAUUCCAAAAAAAAAGAAGUCGGCAAAUGAGAUUCAUAAGGUUUGCUUUUUAUUUAUAAUGAUUUUUUAUCAUUAUUUAUUAUUUUGUUAUUUUAAUUAUUUAUUAUUAUUAUUUUUUUUAAAUUCUGAAACUUUGUUUUUUUUGUCACACCAACAUCGAAGGUCAUUAGUGUCUUCCAAAAUCUGUAGGAUUGGCAUUCAUUUAUCUGACCGCUUCCUAGGUGACUUUGAGCAAGGCAGUUGUCAUAAACCAAAACUAAUGAUGGGGGGAGGGGAGGUAAAUGAUAAAUUAAGAGGAUUCUUCAUGGUAUCUUACCUUAUCCCUCCCUCUCCCCCCUCCCUUCCAUCCCUCUGACUUUCCCCCCUCCCCAGGUAGUAUUUCCAAUAUGUAUGAUCCAUCUCCAGAUUCUUUGCCUUUCCCCUCUCUUUAUAUCUGUUUUUACCUGUACUAAUACAUCUUAUUUAAAGUGUCCACUUGUUUGUGCGACACAUUGUGACUUAGCUGACUAGUUGGGAGGCUGAAUGUCAACUUUAUCCCCACUGUUAAGGGAUAAACCAAUGUAAGAAUGUGUUUGUUAUUUUUGCUUAUUAUUAUCCUUUUUAUGUGUGUCCUAUUUCUUUCUGUUUUCAGUUGUAGCAUUCCAGACCAUGUAAAAGGUUUAAAAUUUGUCUUUUUCAUGCAUUUUCCAAGCUUUUUUUUUUUUUAAAACAGAAAUGCCUCGUUUCCUUUUUGAUGAUGAAUAUGUUAACGUCUGUUCCUUGGAAACAAUUUAUAUAAGUGACAAAUUAAACAUGUAGUGAUUUAGUGGAAUCCGUUUUCACUAUUAGUCAAGUGAUAUAAUUUUAAAUAAACCAAAGCUGAAUUUU